CAUUAUGCAAAUCAGUGUGAACCCAUACCCAAUAAAUACCAAAACAAGACCUCAAAUGUUCCUUAGAAAAUAUAUAAAACACAGUCAAAAUCCAAACAAUUUAUUAUAAAACUAACUAAAUAGACAUGAUGAAGAUCUUGGCAUUGACACUCAUGGUUUUCGUCAUUCUUUCGCCAUCAUUUGCGGCUCCAACUGAAGUGGCACUCGGAGCGGCAUGUGACGCUAAGCAGCUUCAGCCUUGCCUGGCAGCGAUUACAGGAGGAGGCCAACCCUCGGGUGAUUGUUGUGCAAAGCUGAAGGAGCAGCAGCCAUGCUUAUGUGGAUUUGCUAAGAACCCUGCGUUUGCUCAGUACAUUAGCUCUCCGAACUCUCGCAAAGUCCUAUCCGCUUGUGGUAUUCCUUAUCCAAGUUGCUAAAAAUCUAGAGAUUUUAUAAUUAAUUAAAUAAAUAAAUAAUUAACGAGUAACGAAGAUAAAUAACAUUUUAUCAAACUAUGUUAAUGAAACAAUGUAACCGUUUGGAUUAAUGUAAUCGUUUAUACGGUUCAUUAAAGAAGUUUCUUAUUUAUUUUUGUAGCUUUCUCGUGUAAACUAAAAA